AUGCUCGACCGCGUCAGAAACUAUGUCUACGAGCGGCGGGGGCGCAUCGUCGGUGCUGCAGGCGUGCUCGGAGGCGCGUACGUCGUCUCCGGAUAUGUGUCGGACAGGAUAGGUGAGAUGAAGUCAGGCAUGGUCAGAGAGAGGGGCGCUCGGGAGACCCUCCGCCGCCGUUUCCGCCAAACCCGCGACGAUGCAUCCUACACGGCGACCGCGCUCAUGCCCUCCCUCGCCGACCAGCUCCUCGCAGAGCUUGAUGUUGACGCGCUUACCGCCGAACUCCAAGCUCGUGCGCGCAAGCGUCCUCCCAUUUCCGAAUCGGCCCCAUCCGCCUCCGCUUCCCACCAGCAAUCGGAUUCUGUCCAGUUAUCAUCAUCCGACGCCUCGUCCUCUUUCCACCACGUCUCCCGCCCAAGCACUGGCGAACAGCAGGCGCUCAGACUACCCCACAUUCGGCGCGACCCUAGUGUCGUCUCGGCCUCGGCCUCGGAGAGCGUCUCGGACGUGGAGAGCGUAGCGGAUUACUCAGUCUCGGGCUCCUCGGUCAUCUCCGGCAUGGAAGGCGACGGCUCGCCCAGCCUCGGCGCAUCGACGAGCAGCUGGGUCGAGCGUAUGAACGUGUCGGGCAUUUCUGCAGGGACAGGCAGCGGCGCCCCGUCCUCUGCUGCGUCGGAGGCUGGUGAUGCGCCUGAGGCGCAGAACAAUAAUGGCGCUGGCGAUGCGCCGCGGGGCCGCACGCUCGGCGUGCCCGGGCAGCCGCUGGAGGAUAUGACAGGCUCGCAGAUGGGCGCGUCGCUCGCCAGCUCGAUGACGAGCGCUGCGAGCUCGGAUGACGCGGCGCACGGUGCGUUACAAGGAACGGGAGUCGGAGCGGGAAAGAGCAAGGCCGAGCUCUGGAAGGAGGUGAAAAUCCUCACCCUCACACGCACCCUCACAACUCUCUACGCCGCCGUCCUCCUCGCCAUGCUCACCGCCACCCAACACGCCCUCCUCGCGCGCGGACGCUACGUCCGCGCCGUUCUCGCCGACGAGCGACGCGAGCGCACACGUGCCCGCGCUGCGCAGCUCGAUGCGUUCUGGGGACCACUUAUCCCGCCCAUCCCCGGCGCCGAAGCCGGCGCCGACCCCUUCUCGGAGCUGCAUGGAAGCGGCAAGGCGGGGAAAGGGAAGGGAAGGCUGCAGGGCAGCGCGCUAGGGCGCUUUGUAAGCGGGACGGGGCCGACGGGUAUGCUUGUCUGGAGCGCUGUUGAGGGUCUCGUCGGGGUGCUUUCGGGCGAUCUAGGGGACAGUGACGACGAGGAUGAGGGGGAAAGUGCUGAUGAGGGGUACGAGGGUGCCGCGCCGAGGCGGUCGCGCGGUCCUGUCUCGCCUUGGGAGACGGACCUUGGCGGGCUCGAGGGCGCGUUUGGCGGGUUCGGUAUGGGUGUGGAUGGUAUGGAUGUGGGGGCGGGACAGAGAGAGAACGAGGACGACGAGUACGAUCGGAUCGAGAUGGAGUAUCUUUCCCUUUCGUGGUGGCUUGUGCAUGUCGGCUGGCGGGACAUUGCGCAGCGCGUGCGGUGGGCGGUCGAGGGCGUGUUCGAAGGCGUCUCGCUCAAGUCCAAGCUGAGCGCGACGGACCUACAGGGACUGGUCGACGACGUCAGGAGGAAGGUUGAGUACACGGACGAUGGCAAAGGGCGGACUAGCUUCCUCUCAGCCCUUCUCCCUCAAACGCCUGAACAGAUUGCGCGCGUCCUUGCCCAGAGCGGCGCUUCUCCGCCUCCAUCGUCCGCGUCAGCAUCGGGGGCGUUCCCGCUCGACGCAUCGAUAUCGAUCGACGCAGACGGCAGCUCCGUCUCUGCCGCUCCUCUUUCCGACGCGUCGUUCUCCACAUCUCCCGCCGCCCCUCCAACCGCCGGUAGCUCCAACGAACCGGUAGAAGGACCGUCACCGUCCCCAUCGCUCAUCCCCCACGUCACUAUCACGCAGCCCGCCGGAAUCGUCACGCCCUCCGCCGUCGGCCCAGCUGUAGCUUCCGUCCCGAUGCAGACCGGCGAGGAGAGAUCGAACGCAGCGACGCCGAAGCAGCAGCAGGCCAAACGCCCCAUCGCGCGCCCCUCGUUCGCCGCGCUCUUGGAGCAAACGCGGGGGUACGCGCUAGGAGCGGACUUUGCGCGCGUGCUCGAGGUGAGCGCGGAGCGUGCGGUGGAUGUGUUGUUUGACGGGCUGCGCGCGCAUGUGUUCGUCGAUAGCAGUGAGAAGGAGAGGGGGGUGGAAGGAGAGAACGGGGGAGAGAGGGAGGAGCUGAAGAUGCGGCUGGCGGGGCUGUUGCCUGGUCUGGCGAGGUGGAGUAGGCUUGCGCUCGAGGGGCUGCCGAACGAGCUGGUUGAUAAUAUCCUCGCGCAGAGGGAGGUUGCUGCGCUAGAGGCGAUUAUCAUCUCGGACUACCAGGAUCGAUACAGCUGA